AUGAAGUACGCCAUUGCUACCAUAGUCGCCCUGGCCAGCUUGUUCAGCCAGGCCAUCGCCCGGUUUGCCCAUGGAAUCUACACAAUCGAGUCGCAUACUGGGGAUGUUUGGGCGAUUAGAAACGCCACCGGUAGUAAAGCUCGGGUUGAGUUGGUACACCCGGAAGGCCACCAAACCGAGCACUGGUAUAUAUACCCCUCCCAGUCCACCGGCUACGACCGCUUUAUACAAAACGUCGGAAACGAGGGGAUGCUCGCAUGUUGGUUUGCAAAUGGAUACAAGUGCGAAGUGAACGGAGACGACGGACAGUUUUUCACAGUGCUCAGGUACCACAAUCCAGCGAUCAAGAAUUACAUCGGCAGCAUCUUCGACCCCGCGGCCUUCAACCCAUCAGGAAGUGAAUCCCAGUCGGUAGGAUCUGGGAAGGAUCAUCGGUUGAUGGCUUAUUCUGUGGAGUCAAAAGUUGAUAUGCAUUUCGUUCUUAGGGGAGUCAAGAGCAAAAGCUGGAUGAUGCGAGGCUUGUUCCUGAUCCUUAUCUGGGAUUAG